AAAAUAAAAAAGUUGAGAAAGAGAGAGAGAUACAGAGCUGGAUGUUUUUUCCUCUAUAAACCUCUUUUGCUUUCUCUCUUCGUCUCUGACCACUUUGGCUCCGGCGUUAGUUUUUUCCCUCUCUGCUACUGCUGCGGCUCCGGCUCCUGCUACGGUAAGUCCUUGCCAUUUUCUCGUCACCGGUCACUUUCUUCGAAUCUUAGGUUUCUUCAUUAUCGGGUUUAUCGGAAAUGGUUUGUCUCAGGGUUAGCUACUUUGAUUCUAGGGUUUUGUCAUGCUCUUGUUUGUUCUGGAAAUAGUUUCCGGUCAUUUCUUUUAUUUUGGUUCUUGAUAGUUGCUUUGAUGAUUAGGGUUUUUGGUAUUUAACUCGUGUUGAGAUCGAGUUUCAGAUUUUUUCUUCACUCAUCGAAUAAUUUCUGAAGAUGCUUUGGGGUUUACUCGAUUGUUGCAGCUAACAGGAGUUUCUCUUAAAUUUGAUAGGUUCCUAAAAUCGAAUUUGGGUUUUUGUUUCCUCCGAUUUAAAAUCUCUUUUCAUCUAGGUUUAUAGAUUUGAGGAUAAUAACAAAGUCACUGAUGUUGAAUUUUUCAUUGGUUUUAGAUUUAUAAGUCACUGUAUUUGCAUUUCUUAUAUCUAAGUUUAGCCCUACUUCUUCUGUUCCUUACCUUGGAGUGUUAACAUAUAAUUAGCUGUCUUCUUUGAAUACAUUUUAAGGCUUUCUGGAUAUUUGCAUAAGGUAUUUGACAAGUGUGUUGACAUUCUCUCAUAACAAUUCAAAUGGGUGACUCGGAAAACGUUCAGCAACCUUCAAAAAAGAGAGGUGCCUUGAAGCAGCUGUCUCGUGAUAAUCCAGGUCUUGAUGAUGAUGAUGAUUCAGCUGAACUUGAGAGUGGAACUUUCAAGAAGGCCAGUGAUGAGGUUUUGGCUAGUAGAAGAAUUGUCAGAGUUAAGCGCAAAGAGCCAUCUGCUGCUCCAGUUGCAGCAUCCAAUCCAUUUGCUGGAAUUCAGUUGGUCCCUACGACUGCACCUGCUUCAACCCCUGUGGGAACAAAUGCACCUCUGGCUGAGUCAAAAUUGGCUCCAGCUGAAGCAGUAGUUGAGGACAAUCAAAAAGCAAGUGAUAUUGAGGAGGGCGAUGAAGUUGACAGUAAGAAGGUUGAUGUCAAAGAUGCUGUUGGGGAAGAGACUGAAAAGACUAAAGAUAAGGAUGAUAAUCAUUGUGGAAAGAGUGCUGAUGUCCAAGUUGCGGCUACAGAAGUAGCUCAGAUGGUCUCAUGUGACACAAACGUUUGCAACAACGCUGUUGAAGGAACAGACCAAACUGAUUUUCCUCUUGAGAAGGAUUCAGGAGGUGAUCAGGCUGAGAAAAAAGAAAAAGAAGGCAACGGAAUUGAGGAAGCAGAUAAGAAUGGCGAUAAUGGUGCUUUCAGCUCAUUCCAACAGCAUUCAAGUAACAAAAACGCAUUCACCGGACUUGCCAGUACAGAGGCUUCAGGGUCUUCGUUCUCAUUUGGUUUGGUUUCUCAGGAUGGUUCAACUGGUACUGGGUCUCUCUUUGGCUUUGGCCUUCCAAGCAGCAAUAGCUCUUCUAUAUUCGGUGCAACUGGAUCGUCCAUUAUCAAGAAGAGUGAAGGUAGUGGGUUUCCGCCAAAGCAAGAGGUUUCCACAGAAACAGGUGAAGAGAAUGAGAAAGUUGCCUUCUCAGCUGACUCGAUCAUGUUCGAAUAUCUUGAUGGAGGAUGGAAAGAGCGUGGAAAAGGAGAACUCAAGGUAAACGUCUCCAGUAAUGAUGGUAAAGCAAGAUUAGUUAUGAGAGCUAAAGGAAACUACAGAUUGAUCUUAAACGCGAGUCUUUACCCAGAGAUGAAACUUGCAAACAUGGAUAAAAAGGGAAUCACAUUCGCUUGUGUGAAUAGUGUAAGCGAAGGCAAAGAAGGUCUCUCUACAUUUGCACUGAAGUUCAAAGACCCGACAAUUGUUGAAGAGUUUCGUGUAGCCAUUGACAAACACAAAGAUAGUAAACCAAUGGAGAAAGCAGCAGAAAAAUCAGCUCUUCCUCUGAAGACACCUGAGAACUCUCCAACAGCUACAGAUACUUGAAGAAAAGGUAAAAAGAAAAAAAGAAAAAACAUGUAGAAACACUUCUCUCGUCUCUCUCGUCUCUCUUGUCUUUUGUCUUGUCUUGUUACUUCCAAGUAGUUGAAUUUUGAGGCAGAGGAAAACUAAAAUAUUUGGAGAAGUUUGUUGUUUUUUUUACACAGUUGUUGAGACUUUUUGGUUACAUGUUUCUGUUUGUAGAAGGAAACCAUAUAUGACUUAAAUCUGCAUCCUUGAUUUCUUUUUAUGUUCCACCAUAUGAAUGUGACUGGACCAGAUAGGUUUCAAAUUGGUCCUGAGAUUUUAAGGGCUUAAGAUGUGUUCUUCAAAUCGUAGAUUAAUC